AUGAAGGAGUUCAGAUCAUUUGGAAGUGCUGAACAGUCAUUACUGUCAAAGUCACAUAAACAACAAUCGUAUAACGAAAUAUAUGCAGAGCCGGAGAAUUUUCUAGAGAUUGAAGUGACUAAUCCUAUAACUCAUCAUACCAACAACGGAGAGUAUACUAAUGAAACCUUUACGGACUAUGAGAUCAUCUGCAAGACGAAUUUACCGAACUUCAAAUUGAAAUAUUCGAAAGUUAGAAGACGAUAUUCAGAUUUCGAAUUCUUCAAAAAAUGUCUGUUAAAGGAAAUGAAUCUUUUAGGUAACAGUUCCUACAAUAGCUCAAGAAUCAAUAUUCCACAUCUGCCGGGCAAGAUUUUCCUAAGUAAUCGAUUUAAUAAUGAAGUCAUUGAAGAAAGAAGACAAGGUUUGAAUAAAUGGCUCAAUUCUGUCGCUACGCAUCCACUUCUGCAGUCUAGUUCACAUAUCUUGGUCAGAUUCAUACAGAACGAAAAAUUUAUUGGUUGA